AUGUCAGAGGCGGACCUCCUCAACAUUCUGGAUGAUUUAAGAGACGAUGAAUUCAAGAACUUCAAGUGGCACCUGAAGCACGAAAAGGUGGGCAACAUCAAGCCCAUCAAAGUGAACCUGCUGUCAAAGGCAGAGAGGCGGGAUGUGGUCGACCUGAUGGUGCAGAAAUAUGAACUUGCUGGAGCUGUGGAGGUUUUGGAGAGCAUUUUAAAGAAGAUCAGCAGGAAUGAUCUGGUGAGCGAGUUGUCAACCAUCAGCUCAGGAGCAGAAGUUGAUGGUCAUCUGAAGAAGGUUUUACAUAUACAUCAGAUCUGUUUGACGAGGAGUUGUCAACAUGUGACUGAAGGAACUGAUGAAGCAGGAAGUGAAACCCUCCUCAACGAGAUCUACACUGAGGUCUACAUCACAGAGGGAAAGAGUGAAGAUGUCAAUACUCAACAUGAGGUGUGGCAGCUUGAAACAGCUUCCAAGAUGGAGACCCUCCAGGAAACUCCCAUCAAGUGUCACGACAUCUUUAAACCCUUACCCAACCACCAGAAAUACAUCAGAGUGGUUCUGAUGAACGGCGUCGCUGGCGUUGGAAAAACCUUCUCAGUGCAGAAGUUCACUCUGGACUGGGCACAGCGCUCCAAAAACCAAGAUAUCAGUCUACUGAUUCUGCUUUCGUUCAAAGAGCUGAACGUGAUCAACGAUGAGCAGUACAGUCUGCUCAUGCUGAUCCAUGUUUUCUAUCCAACAUUACAGAAGCUCACAGCAGAGAAGCUCGCUGUCUGUAAAGUUCUGUUCAUCUUUGACGGCCUGGAUGAAAGCAGACUUUCACUGGAUUUCAACACCAGUGAAGUCGUGACUGAUGUCACACAGAAGUCAUCAGUCAGCGUGCUGUUGACAAACCUCAUCAAGGGGAAUUUGCUUCCCUUGGCUCUCAUCUGGAUAACUUCCAGACCUGCAGCAGCCAAUCAGAUCCCUCCUUCAUGUGUGGACAGGGUAACAGAAGUACGAGGCUUCACUGACAUCCAGAAGGAGGAGUACUUCAGGAGGAGAUUCAGUGAUGAAGAGCAGUCCAGCACAAUCAUCUCACACAUCAAGACAUCCAGGAGCCUCCACAUCAUGUGUCACAUCCCAGUCUUUUGCUGGAUCACUGCUACAGUUCUGAAGCCAAUGUUGACUUCAAACCAGAGAGGAGAGCUGCCAAAGACCCUGACUGACCUGUACUCACACUUCCUGCUGGUUCUUUGCUGGACAAAGAGGAAGAAGAACAAGUAUGAUGAGGGACAGGUCUCUGUGUCAUCAGGAGUUUGUAGAGAAAUCCUCAGAAGAGAGAAUGGGAUCUACCAGAAAAAAGUCUACAGCUUUGUUCAUCUGAGCGUUCAGGAGUUUCUGGCUGCAGUCUACAUGUACCACUGUUACACCAACAGGAAGACAGAGGUACUGAAGGACUUCCUAGGAGAAGACUACAAUGAUUCAUCUCUGGACGUCUUCCUAAUGGGAGCCAUGAGGAAAUCCUUGAAAAGUAAAAAUGGCCACCUGGACCUGUUUGUCCGCUUCCUUCAUGGCCUCUCUCUGGAGUCCAACCAGAGUCUCUUAGGAGGCCUGCCUGGUCAGACAGACAACAGUCCAGAAACCAUCCAGAGAGUCAUCAACAACCUGAAGGAGAUGAACACUUGGUCUGUCUCUCCUGACAGAAGCAUCAACAUCUUCUACUGUCUGAUGGAGAUGAACGACCGCUCAGUACAUCAGGAGAUCCAAGAGUUCCUGAAGUCAGAGAACAGAUCAGGGAAGGAACUCUCUGAGAUCCACUGCUCAGCUCUGGCCUACAUGCUGCAGAUGUCAGAGGAGGUUCUGGAUGAGUUGGACCUGAAGAAGUACAACACAUCGAAGGAGGGACGACGGAGACUGAUCCCAGCUGUGAGGAACUGCAGAAAGGCUCGACUUUGUAACUGUGGACUCUCAGAGAUUCACUGUGAAGUUGUGGCCUCAGCUCUGAAGUCCAACCCCCAUCUGACAGAACUGGACCUGAGUGAAAACCAGUUGCAAGAUUCAGGGGUGAAGCUUUUGUCUGCUGGACUGGAGAAUCCAAACUGUAGACUGGAGACUCUGAGAUUGAGUCUCUGCAGUUUGUCAGAGACCAGCUGUGUUUCUCUGAUCUCAGCGCUGAAGUCCAACUCCUCCCAUCUGAGAGAGCUGGAUCUGAGUGGAAACAAGCUGCAGGAUUCAGGACUGAAGCUACUGUGUGGUUUUCUGGAGAAACCAGACUGUAAACUGGAGACUCUGGGAUUGAGGCACUGCAGUUUGUCAGAGAUCAGCUGUGCUUCUCUGGUCUCAGCUCUGAAGUCCAACCCCUCCCAUCUGAGAAAGCUGGAUCUGAGAAGAAACAAGAUACAGGAUUCGGGAAUGAAGCUGUUGUGUAAUUUUCUGAAGAGUCGAGACUGUAGACUGGAGAAGCUGAGGUUCAAUAACUGCAGUUUGACCGAGAUCAGCUGUGCUUCUCUGGCCUCAGCUCUGAAGUCCAACCCCUCCCAUCUGAGAUCGCUGGAUCUGAGACUCAACAACCUGCAGGAUUCAGACGUGAAGCAGCUGUUUGAUCUUCAGGCGAGUUCAGGCUGCAGACUGGAGACUCUGAGAGACCCGACAUUCCCCGAUGAGCAGCAGUUGGCGACAGCAGCAAGGAAAACCUCCCCUUUAACGAUUGUCUCCAUACUAUAUGUCAGCCCUGUGAUUGACUGGUUACCAGGUGUACCCCGCCUCUCGCCCAAUGGAGCCAAGAUGUCAGAGGCGGACCUCCUCAACAUUCUGGAUGAUUUAAGAGACGAUGAAUUCAGGAACUUCAAGUGGUACUUGCGUGAAAAGGUGGGCAACAUCAAGCCCAUCAAAGUGAACCUGCUGUCAAAAGCAGAGAGGCGGGAUGUGGUCGACCUGAUGGUGCAGAAAUAUGAACUUGCUGGAGCUGUGGAGGUUUUGGAGAGUAUUUUAAAGAGGAUCAGCAGGAAUGAUCUGGUGAGCGAGUUGUCAACCAUCAGCUCAGGAGCAGAAGCAGUUGUAGGUCUGCAGAACAUUUUAGAUAAACAUAAGAUGUGUCUGAUGAAGAGUGGUAAACCAACCAAAAGAACCCUCCCCAACGAUAUCCACAAUGAGGUCCACAUCACAGAGGGACAGAGUAAAGAGGUUAAUACCCAACAUGAGGUGAGGCAGCUUGAAACAGCUUCCAAGAUGAAGACCCUCCAUGACGCUCCAAUCAAGUGUCAGGACAUCUUUAAAGUCUUACCUGACCAACAGAAACACAUCAGAGGGGUUCUGAUGAACGGCGUCGCUGGCGUUGGAAAAACCUUCUCAGUGCUGAAGUUCACUCUGGACUGGGCACAGCGCUCCAACAACCAAGAUAUCAGUCUGUUGAUUCUGUUCUCGUUCAGGGUGCUGAAUUUGGUCAAAGAUGAGCAGUACAGUCUGCUCAUGCUGAUCCAUGUUUUCUAUCCAACAUUACAGAAACAGAAGUCAUCAGUCAGCGUGCUGUUGACAAACCUCAUCAAGGGGAAGCUGCUUCCCUCGGCUCUCGUCUGGAUGACUUCCCGACCUGCAGCAGCCAAUCAGAUCCCUCCUUCAUGUGUGGACAGGGUAACAGAAGUACGAGGCUUUACUGAUGCCCAGAAGGAGGAGUACUUCAGGAGGAGAUUCAGUGAUGAAGAGCAGUCCAGCAGUAUCAUCUCACACAUUAAGACAUCCAGGAGCCUGCACAUCAUGUGUACCAUCCCAGUCUUCUGCUGGAUCACUGCUACAGUUCUGGAGGAAAUGUUGACUUCAGACCAGAGAGGGGAGCUGCCCAAGACCCUGACUGACCUGUACUCACACUUCCUGCUGGUUCAGACAAAGAGGAAGAAGUAUGAUGAGACGAGUCCACAGGAGCUGACGGAGGCUGACAGGAACCUUCUUCUGAAGCUGGGGAGGCUGGCAUAUGAGCAUCUGGAGAAAGGAAGCAUUGUGUUCUACCAAGAAGACCUGGAGCAGUGUGGUAUUGAUGUCACAGAGGCCUCUGUGUUAUCAGGAGUUUGUACAGAGAUCUUCAAAACAGAGAGUGUGAGCUUCCAGAAAACAGUCUACAGCUUUGUUCAUCUGAGCGUUCAGGAGUUUCUGGCUGCAGUUUACAUGUACAACUGUUACACCAGCAAGAAGACAGAGGUACUGAAGGACUUCCUAGGAGGAUACUACCAUAACUCAUUUCUGGAGUAUUUUCUAAUGGAAGUCAUGGAUAAAUCCUUCAAAAGUAAAAAUGGCCACCUGGACCUGUUUAUUCGCUUCCUUCAUGGCCUCUCUCUGGAGUCCAACCAGAGUCUCUUAGGAGGCCUGCUGGGUCAGACAGACAACGGUCCAGAAACCAUCCAGAGCAUCAUCGACAACCUGAAGGAGAUGGACAGUGACAAGUAUUACUAUUAUCAUAAUGGUAGUGACUGUAUCCCUCCUGACAGAAGCAUCAACAUCUUCCAGUGUCUGAUGGAGAUGAACGACCACUCAGUACAUCAGGAGAUCCAAGAGUUCCUGAAGUCAGAGAACAGAUCAGAGAAGAAACUCUCUGAGAUCCACUGCUCAGCUCUGGCCUACAUGCUGCAGAUGUCAGAGGAGGUUCUGGAUGAGUUGGACCUGGAGAAGUACAAAACAUCAGACGAGGGACGACUGAGACUGAUCCCAGCUGUGAGGAACUGCAGAAAGGCUCGACUUUGUAACAGUGGACUCUCAGAGAUUCACUAUGAAGAUGUGGCCUCAGCCCUGAAGUCCAACCCUCAUCUGACAGAUCUGGACCUGAGUAAAAACCAGCUGCAGGAUUCAGGGGUGAAGCUUUUGUCUGCUGGACUGGCGAGUCCAAACUGUCGACUGGAGACUCUGAGAUUGAUUGGCUGCAGUUUGUCAGAGAUCAGCUGUGCUUCUCUGGUCUCAGCUCUGAAGUCCAACCCCUCCCAUCUGAGAGAGCUGAAUCUGAGUAACAACAACCUGAAGGAUUCAGACGUGAAGCAGCUGAGUGAUUUUCUGAAGAAUCCAGACUGCAGACUGGAGGCUCUGAGGUUGAAAGGCUGCAGUUUGUCAGAGAUAAGCUGUGCUUCUCUGGCCUCAGCUGUGAAGUCCAACCCCUCCCAUCUGAUAGAGCUGGAUCUGAGUAACAACAACCUGCAGGAUUCAGAUGUGAAGCAGCUGUCUGAUCUUCAGCAGAAUCCAGACUGCAGACUAGAGACUCUGAGGCUGAGUGACUGUAACCUCUCAGACAGAAGCUGUGCAGCUCUGUCCUCAGUUCUCAGCUCCCAGUCCUCUAGUCUGAGAGAUCUGGACCUGAGUAACAACAACCUGCAGGAUUCAGGAGUGAAGCAGCUUUCUACUGGACUGGAGAGUCCACACUGUACACUGGAAACCCUCAGCCUGUCAGGAUGUCUGAUCACAGAGGAAGGCAGUGCUUCUCUGGCCUCAGCUCUGAGCUCCAACCCCUCCCAUCUGAGAGAGCUGGACCUGAGCUACAAUCAUCCAGGAGACUCAGGAGAGAAGCUUCUGUCUGCUGGACUGGAGGAUCCACACUGGAGACUGGAC